CCCCAGAAUGCAUCGGACACCAGAAGUGCGUCUUCGGCAUCAUUAGCAUCACAACCCUGUUUAUACGUAGUGCAGAAAUUUUGCCGUCUUUUGUAUAAAAUACAAGUUUGUAAUUAAGAUUGACAUAUCUAUUUAUUUAACUGAUCUCACGUUCAAAGACACGCACGACGUCAAAACUGGCCCCUCCACUGCCCGUCAGCAUGCCCGCCUUGCUGGAGAGACCCAAGCUGUCAAACGCGAUGGCCCGAGCCCUCCACAAGCACAUCAUGAGGGAACGAGAGCGCAAGCGACAAGAGGAGGAGGAAGUGGACAAGAUGAUGGAGCAGAAGAUGAAGGAGGAGGAGGAAAGGAAGAGGACCAAGGAGAUCGAAGAGAGAAUGUCCUUGGAAGAAACCAAGGAACAGGUGAUGAAGAUGGGCGAAAAGCUUCAGGGGCUCCAAGAGGAGAAACAUCAGCUCUUCUUACAACUCAAGAAAGUCCUCCACGAAGAGGAGAAAAGACGCCGCAAGGAGCAGAGCGACAUCACCACGUUGACGUCGGCCAGCUACCAGGCCAGUCUACCCAUGCACGCGGGCCAGCACCUCCUCAACAUUCAGGGCAGUCCCGUCAGCCACAGUCGAACCGGCGCGCUGCUCGGAGAUCGGAGCAAGCAGCUUUUCCAGAGCGCUGUUCUUCCUACGCGUCACUAUCAGACGCCGGCAUUCAGUUCAGGUUCGGCGGAGCACGGCCAGUUCAGCGGUGCCCAGGGGGUCCACGAGUCCUACGGGGUGGCGCAGGCUCAGCAUCCUGCCACCUACGCUCCUGGACCCUCCGUGCCGGUCAGCUUCGCCGGCGGCUCCCAGAUCCGAGGAGCAUCCGCAUUUCAGGCCAUGCAGUAUCUACCCCAUCAGCAGCCUGCCUACCCGGUCCACAAUCACUUCACCUCCCAGCCUGGCUACAUCCCGGGUGCCGGUAUCCCGCUUCAGAAGCAGCUGGAACACGCCAAUCAGCAGUCGGGCUUUACCGACGCGGGCGCCCUGAGGCCCAUGCACCCUCCCGCCAUGCAUCCUUCGGCUCAAGGAUUGCUGCCCACACCAUCCAUGGCCGUCCAGAUUCCUGCAGCAAAGGCUGCAUUUCAGACUUCACCGCAGGCUGCGCCGCGCCACGGCUUCCUGCCCCACGCCCAGAGUGGCCAGAGGUUUUACCACCACGCCAAGUGACUCAUUCUAGGUCCCGCCAUCUUCCCCACCUCGUCUCAACAUUCUGAGUUUCUGCUCUCGUUUUCGACAUGUCAGUCGCGUGUGAUUUCUCCUGCAGGAGAAGUCCGAGAGCCCUCCCUCCUUGUCUUCUUUAAGUUUAUGUACAGUUUCUGUUAUGACAAAAUUCCUAUUGCAGCUUCCACUGUAUCUUGCAUAAUAAAAUGAGCAAGUCCCUGA